AUGGCCACAGUCACUACAAGGUCCACUGCUUCCCAGGUUCUGCUUCAACCCACUGCCCAGCAGUCCCUCACUGUUGUCCGAAAUGUCCUUGGUGCCACGAUCGGCUCCAUCACGUAUCUUCGCAAUGUUUUUCCAGAGCAUAACUUCAAAGACACUCGACUGAAUGGUCUUCAGCUGAAAACACUGGUGCCUAAACAGACUUCCCAGGCAGAUCUGCUUAUUAGCUGGAUCGACCGUGGAUGCUGCGAUGCUUUGAAUAAACAAUAUCUCCGCACCAUGGUUUUUGGUAUCUACGUCAAUGAGUCUUGUCCAGAAGAACUGACAGAAGCAUACACGUUUUCCUUUUCCUACCCUGACAAGGAUCGGUGGUGCAUAUCCGUCUCUAAAGAUGGCAAAGAUCAAUUUCGCUUCAAAACACGUCAAGAUGUGACUCGAGCCACAUGCGAGAUGCUACGCCAUCUUCUGGUACUUACCCAAACUAUGAAUCCAUUGCCAGAGAAUGCCUACCUUACAAUGAAGUUGUACUAUUAUGAUAACAUCACACCACCAGACUAUCAGCCACCUAUGUUUUGUGCCGGAAUAGAUACACCUGUUUGUAUUGCAGGUGAAAAACUACUUCAAGUUAAUCUUGGUCAAGUCUCGUCACCAUAUCACGCGUAA